AUGGCAGAUGCUGACAACCCGAUGUCCGAUGCCGCCGCCGAUGCCGCACAGGCCUCCGACCACGCCCCCGUCCUCCUCGACGACCCGUCGACGACGACUCCCUUUGACUUCAGCCUCGAUGCGUGCGAAUGCUUCCCUAUGUCUUGGGGUGUGCAGAGCCCUGUGCAAGCAGAGAGCUUUCAAGAUGUUCCUGCGGGCAGCGAAAACCAGUACAUUCCCAGAAGGAUUGCGAUCGUUCGGGGCUCCUUCAUGUGUGAGCAAAAAUUUCUCGGGCCCAUCGCCUAUAGCGUGACGGACGAGGAUGCAUGCGAAAUGUUAUGCACCGACUCGCGCCCCGAUUGUGGCUUCUAUUGGUUUGGUGUCCUGGGCAACUUGCAACAGUGCCGGCUGUACAGCCAAUGCCACACCUUGUUCCGAGCCGUGGGAGCUUCAGGGACGCUGUACGCCCUUCCUCCAGCAAAGUACCUCUGCCGUCGGGCGAACCCGGAUGCCUGUUGGGCCAUCAGCAAGCGCCGAGAGUUCUUGCAUGCGACGACUGGUAGCGGCGAAGCAGCGGGAGGUCCCUGUCUUUACCCAUCCCUGAUAGAACAGUGCGACCAGAAGCUCCUUCUGGGCGGCGAGGGCGUGGAGAAGUGCUUCGGCUGUCUCUUCGCUGAGGUGGGUGCAGCAGACUGGCAACACAAGAGGCGGCUCCCGAGCAGCUUCGUGACGGGCGCGCAGCUGACAGUCGCCUGCUGGCAGCAGCGAUACACGCCUGUAACGCAUCCCGAGGUGCCUGGGCCUUCGCCUGGUGCUCCGACCCUUUCUUGUGUGGGGGGCCACUGGUGGGACGACGGCACAAGCCAGCCGGCGCUGGAAGGCUUCGCCUGCGGCGCGUGCGUGCAAGUUGUGAAGCCUCCCUACAGCCGCCACCAAGAGCAGCAAAGACAGGAGCUGUACUUCUCCUCCAGGCUGAUGGUCGUACUGCUGGUGGACCAGCAGAUGCCUGUGAUGGUCAACAGCGCCGGUCACCUCGUCCCUGCCCCAGAAAAGAGAGACACAAGGGACGUGGCAAGCACAUCCGGCACCGGGACGUCCUGGCAGCAGAUUUCCCUCCAGGAUCCUGGUUCUGGGUUCUACCUGGAGUAUAGGAGGAUCUCCGCUCCAGCUUCCUUCUCACUCCUCCGAGAAGGCGACACGAUCUUUGCUCUGGAGCCUACAUGUCUUGGCUUGCGCAUCAGGUAUAGGUAUGAGGACGCAUGCCUGGUCGUUGGAGAUGAUGGCUACACAGUGCUCUUUGAAGCAUGCGCCUCUGCGGCAGGCCUUCGUACGGCGUGGUGCCUCACAGAAGUUGCUCCAAGUCGGGUCACGGUGCGCCGGGUGCAGGAUCAUGGGGAUCCACGGCGGUACCUCAAGUUUGUGGAUCGCCAUCAUGACCCGGCGUGGUUCAUGGACAAUGAGAGCAAACAUCUGCUCUAUGACCUGAGCCCUCCGGGCACCCAUGUCAAUGCUUCUCGGCCCUCUCUGGACUCGGAUGCGGUACCUCUGCUCCAGUUCGACUACACAGGGCGAAAGCACGGUGCUGCAGAUGCCCGGGCCAGCAGGCGGUCAUUUGCGGCAGGCUCUAAACGAGAAAGCAAGGAGACCUGCCUCUUCUAUCAGAAGCCUUGGUACUGCCCCGGGAUACCCUUCAUGGCUGAGCCCCUGAAUGCCACCUCGUACGAUACCUGGCGGCUGCGCUCCCUCGAGGAAUCGACGUGCCUUACGAUGGAUGCGAAGGGCGUCCUUGGGAGCGAAGCCUGUGCCCCGGAGGAGCUCGGGAUGCUCACUGGGAGCAGUGGCCCGGGCAACUUGGGCAGCUUGGGCAACUUGGGGGGCUCUUCCGCCCACGAGUUGUUCAGUGUGCCCAUUUUGCAUGGCGCGCUGAAUGCGACGAUGACAGCGACGCAUGCUCAAUAUACCAGACAGUCACAAUCAAUCGCCAACAGCCUAUGGGAAGCACGCAUUGUCAGGAAUUGCAGUGGCAACCCUCUCCAAUUCCUGCGCUUUGAAGGAACAGAUGCAUGGCAUGGUUGUGGAAUCACUCCCAGCAAGUCUUUGGGUGAGGUGAAAGAGACGCUCAUCGUCCCUUCAGUGCAGGUGAAGUAUGGCGAGCGGUGCUUGGCCUUUUCAUCAGACACCUCUCGUCUGGAUUUCCGCUCGUGCGAGCUGCCAUACACUGCUUUCGUAUGGAAUGGGAGCAAGUUGAUUUAUAGUAUAAGUACAAGACGCUGGUGCCUGUCAUUGUUGAAUUCCAGUUGGCCGAAUUCGGGGUCGUGCACCAGAUAUGGACAGGAUCCCCACCAGUUGUUCGUAUGGGACAGUGAGUCGCUACAGCUCCGACGCGGUCAUGGCGGCUGGUGCUUAGGCUUUUGCGCACGCGGCGGCUGUAUAGAUGAAGAUCGGGAGAGAUACUAUGCAAAAGCCUUCCCUUGCCAGUCUGCCGAGACCGAGGGCGUGGAGGUGAAGAAGAUGCAGGGAAAAGUCGAAUGUCCAGCAGGGUCGCUGCUGACAUUUUUGUUCAAACCGCCCAAUUCGGGAUUUAUGAACUACCAGUGCGCGGAGAUGGCAGGCAUGGGCUCUUGCAUGGAGUGGGAGACGCCCAAGGUGACGAAUUCAGAAGAGGCCUUUCAAAACCUGACCAUCGCCUGCCAGCCAAACAUGGCCCUUCAGUCCAUCUAUGUCCAGGAGACCGGCUCGGACAAUUCGCCAUCGACCAGCUUCCGCUACAGGUGCUGCUACAUCACCGGGCUUGUCAUGGGCAUCGUUCCUUCUGGCUUCUACAACAGGAGCUUGGAGACUUGGGAGGGCACCUACUGCCCAGGCAUUCGUGACAUCAGCGGCCGCCUCAGGUACGUCCAAAGGAGUUUCUUCGGGCUCGCCGGGGAGCCCUCGACGCUGGCCUUUGACUACAAGCUUGGCAGCUGGUGUUUGGAGAGUCCGCGCGGAAGAAGCUGCGUGCAGAGCUCCGUGCCCAUGCCCCUGGACGCUGGAAACCUUUUAGGUCCCGGGUGGCAGGUCGUGGAGGUGUCAGACUUCAAUGGAAACUUUGUUGCCCGAGGCGUCGCCUCGCAACCGGAAGCGUCGGCACCGAAGGCCGUGCGGCAGAAGCCGGCGCUGGUGAGCUUCAGCACCGACAAGCCAUCUGUUCCGGAAGAGUGUAAGGAGAUGGUCCCAGACUGGGAAAUCGCCCAGGGCCUCAGCGACGAGAAUCCCUGCAAGCUUGUAUCCGGCAAGAAGCCUCGGGGCUACAAGGACUUCGACCGCCACCCCGAAAAAUAUGGCAGCGCGGCUUUCUGGGGUGACUGGCACAUCCACGAUAGCUAUGACGACCUUGACGAGGGAUCCGGUGGGGCCGGCUUCAGCUACUCCAACAUCAUGGGCUGCUGGAGCCGAGAGGGCAAGAGAGGGCGCAUCGUCUCCGAAUGGCUGCGGGAUUCGCAGCGCGGGCAGAUCAGCCGAGACCUCGUCGCUGCCGUUGGAACGGGAGCCUGCCUUCUUUUGGGGGACAUGACGUUUGCGCCCGGCGGCUUUGGCUCUCAGGUCAAAGCGGGAGAUGUCUGCGGCGCCGGCAUUGACAUUGGGGUUCAGGCCAGCCAGGUCUAUCUCGUUGAGACGGAGGUCCAGAACUCAAAGAGGCAGGAAGAUCGUGACGCAGCAGACUGUUCGGGUGAAAGUGCAGCUUUUGCCCGGAUUUGGUGCGAUCUCCACUGCGUGAAGUCAGCUGUGCAGGAGGGUGAUGCUGCCAUCCUCCACUCACUCGAGAAGGCAGUGAAGGUGCUCGACACCAAUGUGGACCUCCUCACCGAGUAUUACACGGGCCUUGUGGGCGACAAGGUGGAUACGGUCCUCGAGGAAGUGGAGAAGCUGAAGACGACUACCAAGUCGCCUGAUGCAGAGCUGUCGGAGCUGCGCGCUGGCCUGCGGCAGAGCUUUGAUGAGAUGCGGGGCCUUACAGCGGGACUCGACUAUGCGGGCCAAGCGGCCUUCCAGCGCGCCAUCGGCCACUUUGUGGGGGCUGUGCGCGAUCUCAGCCCCAACAGCUCGGCCUUAUCCUUCCUCGUGGACCACACUGACCGCUUGCACAGCACUUUAACGCACGCCCAUGCGCGUCACCGGUUGAGCCAAAGCGGCGCUGUGGCUGCGCGUGUCACCGAAGCGGCCGGCGCACUGCAACAGCUGACCCGCUCCCGCAACCACCUCCUUGGAGUCUACCACCACCGUGCUGCCGCCGCCAAGGAGGCCCAGAGCAAACUCAGCCAGGGCGCUGCGCAGUUGGCGCAUGCCGGGCACAGUGGAGUGGUCCAGACCCGCAGUCUCACGGCGCUGCUGGAGCAGUACACAGCGCGCCAGAUUCUCACGGACUUGGACCACAGCUGGUGGACGCUGCGUGCGGCCUUCGAUGCCUACUUGCAGGUGGCGGAGGAGCAAACGGACGCCUUCCGUGUGGCAGCCACAUUGCUGCACGACUACACGCACUGCAAGGUGGACUUCGCGACGCUGCGGGAGGGUUAUGCCAAGCUACAAGCGGUGCAGCACAAGGCCCAUGAGGCCCUGAAGCAGACGUGGUCGACUGCGGUGCCGCUUUCGGGCCUGCUGGUCGCGAAGAUCGUGGACAACAACGCCUUGGCCGAGAUUGCCAGAAGCGAGGCUCGGGCAUCCCUCAGCAGCGAGGGCGCAAAGCUUUGCCAAGCGGGUGGCCUACAGCUUGCCUCGGUGGCGGUCAACCAUUCGUUUGACGAGGGCUUGGCGGGCCAGACUGUGCAGCAGCUCUUCCUCAUGCUGUCUUGA